UUUUAGUCUAUGGUUUUUUAUUUUCAAAGUGGAUGAAGUGCACGGCAUCGGUUUUUAAAUUAAAGUUUAUACAUUUGAUAUUGUAAUUUACUAAAGACAUAAAAUAUCUGGUAUUUCUCUCUAACUAAAACCUUGUAAGAUAUAAAUGUACUAGAAAGUUUUGUAACUAGACCAAGCGAAGACGCUAACAAUAUGACAGCCGACGAAAGUGCCGAAAUUGACUGGGGAAAUGAGAGGUUAAGUCGCGCUCAGCGUGCGGUGGAAGCGAACGUCUAUGACGUAGACUCCUGGUCUCUUCUGAUCAGAGAAGCGCAAACAAGGCCAAUAAAUGAGGUCCGGUCUAUGUACGAGAAGCUUAUCACAGCAUUCCCGACCACGGGGAGGUACUGGAAGAUUUACAUAGAACAGGAGAUGAAAGCAAGAAACUUUGAAAAAGUAGAAAAGUUGUUUCAGAGGUGCCUGAUGAAGAUCCUCAACAUAGAGCUGUGGCGCCUCUACUUGAAUUACGUUAAGGAAACCAAAUGCAUGUUACCCACAUACAAAGAGAAAAUGGCACAGGCUUACGAUUUCGCACUGGACAAAAUUGGCUUAGACAUCCACGCGUAUCCAAUAUGGAACGAUUACGUAACGUUUUUGAAGGCCGUAGAUGCCGUUGGUUCAUAUGCUGAGAAUCAAAAAAUAUCUGCUGUUAGAAAGGUAUAUCAACGAGCAGUCAUCACACCUAUAAUCGGUAUUGAAACACUGUGGAAGGAUUAUAUAGCGUUUGAACAAGGCAUCAAUACUAUUAUUGCGGAACGCAUGGCGAUGGAGCGGUCGCGCGAGUACAUGAACGCGCGGCGAGUCGCCAAGGAGCUGGAGACGGUGACUCGAGGACUGAACAGAAACAUGCCGGCCACCCCGCCCACAGUCGACCGGGAGGAGAUGAAACAGGUGGAACUGUGGAAGAAGUACAUAACAUGGGAGCGAUCCAACCCCCUGCGCUCGGAGGACACGGCGCUGGUGGCGCGGCGGGUGAUGUUCGCGAUAGAGCAGUGCCUGCUGUGCCUCGCGCACCACCCCGACGUGUGGCAUCAGGCCGCGCAGUUCCUGGACCAUUCCGCUAAACUUCUGCAGGAAAAAGGGGACUCGAACGCAGUGCGGCUGUUCUCUGACGAGGCGGCAGCGGUGUACGAGCGCGCGACCAGCGGCCCGCUCAAACACUCCACCUUGCUGCACUUCGCGCACGCCGACUAUGAGGAGAGCAGGCUGCAUUAUAACAAGGUGCACCAAGUGUACACUCGCUACCUGGACAUGGAGGACAUCGAGCCGACGCUGGCGUAUGUGCAGUAUAUGAAGUUUGCUCGCCGCGCCGAGGGAAUCAAGUCAGCCCGGACUGUGUUCAAACGUGCUAGAGAGGAUCCUAGGUCUCUGUACCACGUGUUCGUGGCAGCUGCACUGAUGGAGUACUACUGCUCCAAAGAUAAGAACAUCGCCUUCCGUAUCUUCGAGCUCGGCCUCAAGAAGUUCUCACACAUCCCUGAAUAUGUGCUCUGCUACAUCGACUACUUGUCACAUCUGAACGAGGACAACAACACACGCGUGCUAUUCGAGAGGGUGCUAUCGUCCGGCAGUCUGAAGCCGGAGAGCUCGGUGGACAUCUGGAACAGGUUCCUGGAGUUCGAGUCCAACAUCGGGGACUUGGUCAGCAUCGUCAAGGUGGAGAAACGGAGGCAGGCUGUGCUUGAAAAGAUCAAAGAGUUCGAAGGCAAGGAGACGGCGCAGCUGGUCGACAGAUACAAGUUCCUGGACCUCUACCCGUGCAGCAUUGCUGAGCUCAAGUCUAUCGGCUAUACUGAGGUGGCAUCAAUGUCUAACAAAUCGUGGGCCCUCGGCGGUCCUCUCGCUGGGAUAUCUCCAGAACUAGCAGCAGUCAUCCUGGGACAAAAGGAUAAUGACCCAAACAAGGAUAUAGCGCGUCCCGAUACGAAUCAGAUGAUACCUUACAAGCCGAAGGCCAACCCACUGCCGGGAGAGCACCCUAUAUCAGGCGGCACGUUCCCGAUCCCGCCGGCCGCGGCGCACCUGUGCACGCUGAUGCCGCCGCCGAGCAGCUUCCGCGGCCCCUUCGUGGCCGUGGACCGCCUCAUGCAGCUCUUCAACAGGAUCUCGCUGCCCGACAAACCGCCCGCCCCGACGCCUGAGAACGGCUGCGACACCAAACUGUUCGACCUGGCGCGCUCCGUGCACUGGAUCGUGGACGACGAUGGAGUUAGCACCACGAACAAGGCUCGUCGAAGAAAAGCCGGCGAAGAUUCCGACGAUGAUGAUUUAGGAGUGGCGCCCCCCGUCAACGACAUAUACAGGCAGAGACAACAGAAGAGAGUCAAGUGAGAACCACGAGUGUAAUAUUGGUAUUGAUAUAAUUCAAAUGAAAUAAAAUGAUGAAUUUAUUAUUA